UCGGGGUGUGUUUGUGUGUGUGCACGCGAAGGUCUCUUUGGUUCUACAGUGGAGACUGGCCGCACCCAGAGUCCAGACUAGUGCCCUAGGUCCGCCUGUCAGCGCCUGCUCUGGCAGCGUAGUGUUGGACAGGAGACCUUGCUCAUCCUGAACGCGUCACGCUCGUGCGCGCCCGGGCCCAGAGUGAUGUGCGCAGGCGCCCAGGGGUAGCGCAGCCGCCAUUGCUUCCCGUUGCCUACUGGAACGGCCAGUUAGUAGACGUCCACGGAGUUGGGAGGGCUUUUCUCAUCAAGAUCUCUGGCAUCAUUGUAGCACUCAUUUAGAAUCAUGGUCUACGCUUUCCUCAUCCACACCCUGCGAGCCCCCCAGGCUCAAGAAGACACUGGAUUUUGCAGAGUGCUGUACUCUUGCUUCUUUGGUGCUGAGAAUUCCACUGAUGACUCCUCGCCUCACAGUGCUGAGAGAGACAGGCUCCUUCGCAAAGAGCAGAUGUUGGCAGUGGCCAGACAGGUAGAGUCCAUGUACCAGCUGCAGCAGCAGGCAUCUGGCCGCCCCUUUCUGGACCUACAGCCUCAGUCCUCAGAUGAGCCAGUGCCUGUUCAUGAGGCCCCACGUGGGGCCUUCCACCUGACAGCAGGGAACCCUUUCCAAGAGCCUCGGACAGUGAUGUGGCUGGGCAUACUAUCCUUCGGCUUCGCCUUGGUGCUGGAUGCCCAUGACAACCUGCUGCUGGCUGAGAGCACACUCAAGCUGCUGACGCGCCUCCUCUUCGACCACCUGCGGCUGCUGGCCCCUGGCAGCAACCUCCUGCUUCGAGCUGACCAUAUUGAAAGUAUCCUCAUUCGCUUCUUGCCCCACGGCCAGCUGCUCUUCCUCAAUGACCAGUUCGUUCAGUGUCUAGAGAAGGAACUUAAUGCCACCUGCUCCCGCUGACCCUUCACUUGGGACUUUCCAAGGGGGAAGGCAGGAAGAAUGGGACAGACACACAGUCAGGUGAAGCUUCACACCUAUCUCCUGCUCUGGUAUGGUACCAUAUUCAGGGCAAGUGGAUAGGACAAGUUGUCAGAAAAAGGAACCAGGCAGAGGAUGGAUGGCAGGCUAUGCUUAUCCUUAGAAAUCUCUUAGAGGGAGUCGGGCGGUAGCACAGUGGGUUAAACGCAGGUGGUGCAAAGUGCCCCCGCUCCCCACCUGCAGGGGGUAGCUUCACAAGUGGUGAAGCAGGUCUGCAGGUGUCUAUCUUUCUCUCCCCCUCUCUGUCUUCCUCUCCUUUCUCCAUUUCUCUCUGUCCUUUCCAAUAACAAUGACAUCAGUAACAACAACAAUAAUAACUGCAACAAUAAAACAACAAAGGCAACAAAAGGGAAUGAAUAAAUAUAAAUAGAAAUCUCU